UCCAAGAGCAUCCACCUCUGCUAAAGCUCUGGCAUUCAAACAAGUAGGCUCUUUCCUUAUUUGAAGAUCAAAUUUUCUGUUCAGCUCUGGUCUUUUCAUCAAAAACAAUUGAAAAUCCUCUAUUUCAAUGAAUGUCCAUUUUUCCCCCCUGAAAGAUAAUGUUUAAUCUUGCUGGAUAGUUGAUUGGUUGUAGUCUAGGCUCCUUUGCCCUUCUGGAAUAGCGUAUUUCAAGUCCUUCACUCUUUAAACCAGAAGCUGCUAGGUCCUGGGUAAUCCUGGUGUGGCUCCUCGGUAUUAGAAUUGUUUCUAUCUGCUUGCUUCUCUUCUUAAACUGAUAAUUUUGGAAUUGAGCUAGAAUAUUCCUUGAAAUUUUCACUUUGGGGUCUAUUUCAGGAGGUGAUCAGUAGAUUAGAAAGUCUUUCUUACUUGAAAUUAUUUGAAUUUGGAAGAGGUUUCUGUUUUUGUCUAUGAAUUGAGUGCCUUGCCUGGCAGGGUAGUAAGGAUCAAAUAAAAUAAGAUAUAUUGUUUUGCAAACCUUAAAAUACUUUUCUCACUAUUAAUGCACUCUUGUAGUCUAGAUUCCAGGGCCUAAACUUUGGUUCCUCACAUGAAUCUAGGUUUUUGUUUUUGUUUUUUCUCUAUUUUUGAGACUUUGGACAAUUUGAUUAAUAUCUAAUUGUGAAGUAUCCAGUCCCAUAAAAUGAGAGGUUGGAUUAAUAUUAAAGGGCACUUUGAGCUGAGUAUUAGAACUCCCUCCCCACUCUUCAACCAACCCUAUAGCAAAUAAAGGAACAGAAUAACAAUAGUACCAUCUAGUUGCCAUAUAUAUGCAAUAGAACCUGCCUUAGAUAUUUAUUAGCUGUGUGAUCCUGGAUAAGUAACUUAACUCUUUGUACCUCAGUUUCUUCAUCUGCAAAAGGAUAAUCACACCCACUCAUAAGGUUGUUAUUGGGGCUCAAAUGAGAAUACAUUUAAAGCAUUUAGCUAACAUUUAUGUGGGCAUAAAGUUUGCAAUUCUCUCCUCUGUAAAAAUUGAUUGUGAAUAGGUAGAGAAUAGGGGUUGGUAGAGAAUAGGAGUAACCCUUUGGCAAAUAACUUCUAUGCUAUAGGGCUUUAACUUUUACUAGCAUAUAGAAGAACAUCAGCAGUUUAGUUCAGGUAGCUUCCCCAAGCCUUGAAAAUGUCAAAUUGCAGUUUGAUCACACUUCUCCCCUCCCACACCUUUUAAAAUUAAGAUUAAGGGGUCAUGCUAUGGAAUAGCCUUUUUUUCUUUCUUUCUUUUUCUAUUAGAACAAGGCCUGACUUGGAGAGUGACUCCUUUUCUUGAUUUUUUUUUUAAAUUCCUCCUUAGUUUCCACAAUGUCCACAAUGCCUGCAGUAUCUAGAUGAUCCUGAACUGAAACAUUUCAUAGGAGACCCCAAUAAUGCUGUAAGUUUUGUGAUGGGUUGGAGGGAGGGGGAAGGGAGCCCUUUAUCUUCAUCUUCUCUCUUUGUGCUUCUGAUUAACUCUGAAAUGUCUCUCAGCGGGAAGAAGCAGAGAUGCUGGCUGACAAACUGUUGUACAUUUUCGAACACAGCAAAACAGGCUUUGAGAACUACGACUAUUUCCCACAACAUAAAAUAACAUGCUUCAGUAUUUAUGACAAACUGGGCCAUCUGUGCCCUUUUGAUACAGGCCUAGUUGAAAAGAAUAUAGAACUCUUCUUCAGUGGGGUAGUAAAACCAAUCUAUGAUGAAAACUCAAGUCCAGAGGGUGGUAUCAUUGCCAAAAGACUCGGCCCCAUAAAUGGAUGGUGGAUUACUGGUUAUGAUAGGGGAGAUAAAGCUCUCAUUGGCCUCACAACAGCUUUUGCUGACUAUAUCCUGGUGGAACCUAGCAAGGAAUAUGCUGCUAUCUUUUGCCUGAUGCACGAGAAGAUAUAUCUGAGUAAAAAAGUUGUGGAAUUUUUGCAUGAAAAUACUGAGGCCACUUAUGAAGAGCUCAUCCAAAACAUAGAAUCAAAUAUUCCUCCUCCUGGGCUGAACUUUAGCCAGUUCACAGAAGAUUCCCUCCUUCGACAUUCCCAAUUUAUAGUAGAUCAAGUGCAAAGUUAUGAUGAGGCCCGAGACACUUAUGAGGAUUCUAUCAUUGUUGCUCCCUGCAUGAGGGAUAUGAUCAGCUUAGCUGGUGUUACUCUGGGACAAAGACGAGCCGCAAGGCGGCAAGCUAUGAAACACGCUCCCAAAGAGAAGAAGAAGAAAGCCCCAAGCAAAGCCAUCACCACCAAACUUGUCUACCAGAUCUUUGAUAGCCUGUUCUCUGAGGAAAUUGAUAAAAACGGGAAAGAUGAUUCGGAGGGGGCCAUAAAGCGCCGGCGCUGCGGCAUCUGUGAGGUAAAGCGCAUUUAACGGUGGUUUGCGGAGACUUCUUCUGUCCCACACAUCUCUGGGUUUUACAUCCCCUAGCUACUUCGGUGGUUCCAGGUCCCACUGAAUUCUCCCCUGUAUCUCUUCUCCAGGAUUCAGAUUUUGGUCCAUCCAACUCCCCCGAGUGUGGUUACUUCAUUUGGAUUAACUGCUCUAAGUUCAGCACUCUGCUUGUUUCACAUUGCAAUAAUUGGGACUCUUCUGUGUUUCUCUGAAUCUUUUUCAUUUA